UAGUUGGUAAAAGCAACGCCAGCUUUCUGUGAUCGAUUGUGUAAUGCUUUCAAAGUGAAGUGCGGGCGCAAAAAAACCUCGCGAAAGUGCCGUAAUUUGCUCAAACAAAAAAGUCUUUGAUGCUUGUUUGACACUUUGUUUUCGUAAAUUCACUUGAUAUAUUUGUUUUACUGAACAGUUACUAGAGUGCCGAAAGUUCUUUGUGCCGUUGAAAAGAAUUAUUUUAUCGACGUUUCGGUUGGCACUCACACACACAGAUACUGGCACCCACACAGAUACGGCAUCGCGGAUACAGAUACAGUUACACGUGCGCUCAGCUGUUAAUGAAUGCUGCUCAGCUGUCGUUUGUUUUCAUUCCGCGUUGAGAUCCCAGAUCCCGAGAAUAUCCCCAAAAACCCGGAUACCCGCAGAUAUAUAUGCCCUUGAUCCAGUCAACAGUAACCCAGAUCACCAGUCAUGCCGAAAGAUGGUCACUCACGUAAGCCACAAAAGAAGGCGUCAGUCACCGAAGAAACUCCACUCUCCGAGGGCACAAACACAACUCCAGCCACAAGCUCACCCAGUAUAUCCACUGGUCACUCCACCAUUGGAGCUCUGGUGAGCAAUCUGCACCAUCAUGACAUCCAAUCCCUACACCAGCCACUGCUGGAGAGUGAGGAGCGGGUGAUAAGCGCGAAUAACCACAGGAAUGCUCGGCAUCCCCAUCGAGGUUAUGGAACCGAGAGAAAGCCCCACAGCUCCCUGCCCCGUUUCGUGAUCGACAUCGAGGAGGAGACGGAUGCUGCGGUGGCUGCGGCGGAGGGCAAGGAGAUUUCCAACCAGGAGCCCGAGGAGCACUCCAACCAAAGUCCUUCCCGCCGCUUCAGCCACUUCAAUCUGGCCCUGCGUCGCUUCUCCCACAUCCAUGCCCACAACAUAAAUCGCUUUGGAGACUCCAUGGGUUCGCUCGGACAUCGCGCCUUGUUGCAGUACAUCGAUAAUAAUGACAUUUCCGGCCUGCGCGCUAUUUUGGAUAGUCGACAUCUAACCAUAGAUGAUCGGGAUGAUAAUGCCACCACAGUGUUGAUGGUUGUGGCCGGACGCGGUCUGACUGCUUUCGUCCGGGAAUUCCUGGCCCGUGGUGCCGAUGUUCAGGCGGAGGAUUUGGAUAACUGGACGGCUCUGCUAUGCGCCUCCCGCAAUGGACACUUUGAUGUGGUCCAACUCCUGCUAGACCAUGGCGCAGAGGUGGAGCAUCGUGAUAUGGGUGGCUGGACGAGCUUGAUGUGGGCAGCCUAUCGCGGACACACGGAGUUGGUGCGUCUUUUGCUGGACAAAGGAGCUGAUGGCAAUGCCCACGGUAACUACCAUCUGGGCGCCCUAUUGUGGGCGGCGGGGCGUGGCUACAAGGACAUCGUAGAGCUCCUGGUGCAACGCGGAGCCAAAGUGAAUGUGGGUGAUAAGUAUGGGACCACAGCUCUUGUUUGGGCCUGCAGGCGAGGAAAUGUGGAGAUUGUGGAUACGUUGUUAAAGGCUGGCGCCAAUGUGGACACUGCGGGCAUGUAUUCGUGGACACCACUCCUCGUGGCAGCUGCCGGUGGCCAUACAGAUUGCGUUAGUUCCAUUCUGGAGAAGAAACCAAAUGUGAAUGCCUUGGACAAAGACGGAAUGACCGCCCUUUGCAUAGCGAGUCGUGAGGGUUUCCAGGAUAUAGCCGCCUCCCUUAUAGCAGCUGGUGCCUACAUAAAUAUCCAGGAUCGUGGAGCAGAUACACCCCUCAUCCAUGCCGUGAAGGCAGGUCAUCGAACUGUGGUAGAGGCGUUGCUCAAGAAGCAUGCUGAUGUGGAUAUUCAGGGCAAGGACCGCAAGACGGCCAUUUACACCGCGGUGGAGAAGGGACACACGCCGAUUGUCAAACUGCUGCUGGCCACCAAUCCCGACCUGGAGUCCGCCACCAAGGAUGGGGAUACUCCCCUGCUGAGGGCCGUCAGGAAUCGUAACUUGGAAAUCGUCCACCUGUUGCUCGACAGGAAGGCCAAGGUGACGGCAAGUGACAAAAGAGGCGACACCUGCCUGCACAUUGCCAUGCGGGCGAGGAGCAAGGCGAUUGUAGAGGCUCUCCUGCGGAAUCCCAAGCACAGCCAGCUCUUGUACCGGGCCAACAAAGCUGGGGAAACGCCCUACAACAUUGACUCGCUGCACCAGAAAACCAUAUUGGGUCAGGUCUUUGGCGCCAGACGACUGAACACCAACGAGGAUUCGGAGGGAAUGCUGGGCUACGAACUCUACUCCUCCGCCUUGGCGGAUGUGCUAAGUGAGCCGACGCUAACCACUCCCAUCACAGUUGGACUCUACGCCAAGUGGGGCAGUGGAAAGAGUUUUCUGCUCAACAAGCUGCGCGACGAGAUGAACAACUUUGCGCGCCAAUGGGCGGAACCACCGAUCCGAACCAGUGGCCUGCUCUUCAUCGUCUGCCUGCACCUGGCAUUGCUCAUCGGAACGAUUGUGGGACUGAGCACCUGGUCGGCGGUGGUGGGCGUAUCCUCGGCCGUGGCUUUUAUGCUGCUCGCCUAUCUGCUGCUGGCCGCUGUCAGGUACUGCAACUAUCAGAUGGACAUGCAGUGGGCCUACUCCGUGCAACACGGUCUGGAGAAGCGAAUGACGAGGUUGCGUCUGAUCCUGCAGGUGGCCUUUUGCCAUCCCCCGGGUCCCCAGUCGGAUUCACAGGCCAAACCCGUGCGGUUUCACUUUGCGGAGGCGAACAGUGCCUCGCCAACGGGCGAUGGAGCUGUGGCCCACAUGCUGGCCGCCCUCCUCGAUGCCAUCGAAUCCCACUACGGAUGGUUGGCCACCAGAUUGUAUCGAGCCUUCCGUCCCAAGUGCUUGAAAGUGGAUGUGGGCUGGCGGUGGCGUCGCAUGUGCUGCAUACCCAUUGUGCUGAUCUUCGAGCUGGCACUCGUUACCCUGGUCACUGGAGUAUCGCUCAUCGUCGCCUACUUCACGUUUGCCGAUGAGCAGGAGAAGGAACAGAUACUAGUGGGACUGUAUGUGACCACUGCCGUAAUGGGCACGCUGAUCUGCACGCAUCUCCAUGUCCUUGCCAAGGUGUUCGUAUCCUUGUUUACCUCCCACAUUCGACUGCUGAAAAGAGCGGUGCGGUCCAGUGAGUCUGCUCCAUUGACCAUGCUGGGCGCCGAAGUGGCCGUGAUGACGGACAUGGUCAAGUGCCUAGAUGCGUUCACCACUCAGCAGAGUCGCUUGGUGGGCGUGAUCGACGCUCUGGAUUCCUGUGACACGGAGCGGAUUCUCACUCUGUUGAAUGCGGUGCAAACGCUACUCUCUUCACCUAACCGACCCUUUGUGCUGCUCAUUUCGGUGGACCCCCAUGUGAUUGCCAAGGCAGCGGAGGCCAAUAGCCGACGGCUCUUCACGGAGGGCGGAAUCGGAGGACACGACUUCCUCCGGAACUUGGUGCAUCUCCCAGUUUACCUCCAGAACUCCGGACUCAGAAAGGUUCAGCGAGCGCAGAUGACAGCGCUGCUGUUCAAACGAAGUGGCGGAGGCGAUUACCAGACAGACGAUGGACCCACAUUGGGACACUCGGUUUCCGCUCGUCGCCUGUCCAACGCCUCGGAGAUAAUCUCCAGUCAGGAGAAGCUUCGCGGACCCGCCCGUGGAGGCGGUGGAAAGAAGCUGCGUCUCUCCGAAUCCGUCGCUAGCUCCACAGGUUCCAAUCUUCACCGCCUGGGUCAGAAUCCACAAACAGUACUCGAUCUGUCGCGAAUCGUGCUCACAGAUGAUUACUUCAGUGAUGUGAAUCCGCGAAGUAUGCGCCGCCUGAUGAACGUGAUCUACAUCACGGUGCGUCUGCUCAAGGCCUUCCAGAUUGACUUCAGCUGGUAUCGCCUCAGUUCCUGGAUCAACCUCACCGAGCAGUGGCCCUUGAGGGCCAGUAUGAUAGUGCUGCAUCACGAUCAGUUUAUGGAUGGCAACGCGGAUGAGAGUGUGUCCCUGCAAAGCGUUUAUGAGAAAUUGCGUCCAAAACUUGCUUAUUUGAGAGAGGCAGCUCCACUUUUGGAAUUAGAUCGGGAUGAACGAAAGCUGGAUGCCUUUCUGCAAUUGCACAAAUCAGAUUUGCUCGUGGCGGAUUUACGCAUCUUCUUGCCUUUUACCAUUAACCUGGAUCCUUACUUAAGGAAGGUAUUAAAGGAGGACCAGCAAACCAUCGAGGACGAGGGCUCUCUAGUAAUACAAGCCAGACCCAGCGUUUCCAACACCAUGCGUCAAUUUCCGGCGCCCACCACAUAUGUGCCUUCGCCGCAGGCCUAUCCGCCCUACCAAAUGUUCCAGAAUCCAGAGUAUCCUGCUAAUGAGCUGCGCUCCAGGAAUCUCAGCUCGAGCACAGAGCCCGUCACUCCACUGAUAAACUCACCAAGUGAUUCAUUUGGCGAGGACAUCCUGCAAACCAAGCUGACCGAUUUAACCGUGGAGGGAGUAAUCAGCCUGCUGGAGAGGAUUGAGGACAUGAAACCGGCGUUGGCCAAACUAGCGCCCGUGCUCCGCGAGAAUGCCAUCAAUGGUCGUGUGCUGAAGCACUGUGAUAUGCCGGAUUUGAAAUCGGUUCUGGGCCUGAGCUUUGGUCACUGGGAGCUGUUCCGCCUGCUGAUCACCACACUGCGGGAAUGCGAGCGCUUGCCAAGGAAGCAGACGCGCCAGCAGCAGCAACCACCCGCCAUAGAGGCGCCGUCGAGUGUCCCGAUGAUCAAGGAUGUAACGGAUGCCCUGAUGCAGCCACCCAGAGAGUCCUUGUCGCGGAAGAACUCCGUCAGUCAUAUGGAGAAACAGUCAAAAGUGCAUGACUACGAGUAUUUGCAGGUCACGCUGGAGGAGCAGAUGAUCUGCGGCACCCUGCAGACUCUGAACGAGGAGGCCUACGAGGAUGUGGCCAGCAGCGAGCGACCGAGUCCCACAGGUGAGAUGUUGGCGGCAGCCGCACAACUGCAAUUAGCACCCAUCCGCGAGUCCUCCGAGUUCGGAUCGCCAUCCGACGAUCAGAAGCAGUACGGGUUCAAGAUAGGCCACAUCAACAACAACCAGUACUUGCAUGCGGAGUACAACCGGAGCGUGAGCUCGCAUUCCCUGCAGAGUCUUAGCACUCUGGUGGGUGCUCCCAGUGGCCAUGGUGGUCCGGGUGGUCCGGGUGACGGUGGCGGUGGCCUGCACCUGGGCAAUGGUAACGAUCUUAGCGGUAGCACGCUCGAUCUAAUGCAUGUUGACUCGUUGUUUGAUGGUGGUUGCGGUGGCGGUUAUCAUCGGGCAUCGCGCCAGGUCUCGAUUAGCAGCGAGCUGAUCAACGACUCCAGUUGCCUGCCCAUGGUGGUGGUCAUACCCAAUGCCUCUGGCGAGCAGGCCUACGACGACACCAAGCUGUGAGAGGCCAGUGACUCAAGUGAUCGGGCUGCAUGGGGUUGAGUCGUACUUAACUUUUAAAGUCUGACAAACUGAACCAAUUCGAACGCUGGACCAAUGCCCGAGCCAAAUGAAUCCAGACCAGAACAGACCAAAACCAAUAGCAUAUCAUUCCAAAACAUGACUUUACUUACGUGAUUUGUUUUACUCUUGCUUUGGCUUGGCUUUGAUCCGGUCAGUAUUAUCUAUUACUAACAUUUGAGUUGUGCGAUUACUAAAUCAUUCCAAUUGUUCUAUGCCGAAGAUUAGUUAUUAAUUAUUUGCCACACAAAAACACACACACACACGAUACACGAUACAUUUAAAAUUGUGAAUCACCCACGAAACAUGAACAACUAACCGAAUGGUACACUAAUCACACCCAACUAAACCCUAUGAUGAAGCAUCAAAUAAAUGAUAAAUCUUAUGAACAA